AUGCGUGGAUACCAUAGCCACUUCUCAAGAACAAUAGCAUCGGCUAAAAAUCUGACAGAAGCGGAAGGUGCCCAUACUCUAACAAGCCAGAUGAGAGAAUUUGGACAAGUCAAGAGAUACUAUAACAAGUUGAUCGACGCUACGAUCGAACUCCAAGAUAUCGACCCGUCCAACAUAGAUGUAUACGGAGAGGAGUUAGAUAAGGAUCGUGUUCGUUUUGACGAAAUAAGUGUUAUGGUCGCAAAGAGAUUGGCAUUGGCAAGCAACGGACAAAGGAAUCAUUCACCGAUAUAUACAAACGAAACCCCAAAGACAUUUCGCAUCAAUGAAGCGUUGAAGCCGGAUAUCUUGAACAAAGACGCGACGCCACUAGAACUGCGGCAGUGGAUGGACUCAUUUGAGGCUUACUAUGCCUCAAAUAAAAUGGAAUCACUGACAAUCAUCGAACAGCAAGCCAAGUUCCACCCAUUCCCAAGUUCACGAGAAAUACUUCAAGGGAUACGCUCCGAUUCACUAUUUCGCAAAGCUCGAUGCCUUGCAGGGCUAUCAUCAGAUCGCCCUCGAUGA